GUCGUGCCGGGGGUGUUGGGUUGCUUUCGCGACGUUCAAACAGUUGAUCUUUGUCUGCUAGCGUGGUCGUGACAUCUCGCGCGAACGCUGCGAUCACAUUUGCGCAGAACGCGCGCGCCCGUUCUCCUCCCUUGCGCGCAGUUUCAACGUUUCUGUCUGCCGUACCACCCACUCGAAGUCGUGUGUUUCGGUACGGUGAUUCUACACGAAGAACGUGGAUUUUUAAAAGCAAUCCCCUUCAACGCCGAAAAACAUAGGUGAGAGAGUUUCGGAUUCCGGAAUCGUUGUGUGCUUUUACUACGGAGGAUGUGGUUAUCGGAAUGACAUAUGGUUUCUGUGAUAAGAUUAAAGCCCUCGCAGUGUGUGCGUUGUGUGUUGGCUCACUGUUGUGCCGAGAUCAUAAGCCGACCCUAUUGCUGUGAAGUGCUUGUUUCGGGAACGUUAUUGGUAGGGUAGAACGGAACAGUCAAGUCGGGGUCGGAUGUGAUAGAAGUAAAUUGAAAAAAAAGGUAAUAGGCCGACUUUGUGCUCGAGUUUCUGGUGUUACGAUUGCCACUCGAUCGUUGGAUUGUGGAUUGUGAUACACUGUUGAGUGUGUUUUGAGGUUUGAGUUUCCAGUUUCCGUCUCUUUCCCAUCUCAUUAAGUCUGCGUAAAAACCUUUCAAGCAUAACAAUGCGGAUCAACAACGUUGAAACGCAGUGGAAUGCCUGUGACUGGAAGACAUUGGAAUGGGCAUCACCCUGCUGAUGAUGAUGAUCGUCAUCACUGGAAGUGCUGCUGUUCGCCACAUAUAUAACACUAAAGUGUUACUAAUUGUGUCUUUCAAUCGAGUGUAGGUGGUACUAAGUGGUAGUGUGCACGGCGAUGCAUGAGCUAAUGUCCCAACCGCUAGUGCAUCAUAGCUCCAAGGUGACCGACUCCGGCACGUUGUAGCAGCUGGAAUAGCAGCAGUCGGAGCAUCCAUGCGAAUGUGCGACAUGUUGUAAUUGAACCCAACGGAUGUGAUGCCCUAUCCUACCCUCUCCCAGUACGACCGAAAUGAUCUAAAUCAUCUGUGACAUCAGUGUUUAAGUGUUCGAUUGAAGCUCACUCAUCCGUUUGUAAUCUAAAGCUAGGGGGCACAUAUCCCUAAGCUCAAUCUCAGACCCCAGAAUAGGAACCCAUCCACUGAGUGCAAACAACAUCGCCACAUCCGUCUUCCCCUCGGUUCCGGUGUGAAAACCGGUGUGAUACGAAUCAUCCCGCAGGAGCAUCGCACACCACCAGCGGCUGUCAAAAUGUUGGUCGAGUUGAGCGUGAAGCAGAAAUUUCUAACACUGUGCGGCAUCACAGCUGCCGCCAUGGCCGCAUCAUUAGCGAUCGGACAAAGAUUGAUACCGCAGUCGAUACUGACCGGUGUCGUUUUUUACCUCAUUUCCGGCGAACGGCCGUCCACCGUGUACGCGUCCAUCGUGUCGCUGCCGCGGGACAUACGCACGGCAAUAAUUUUCCUGAAGCUUAACCUCUGCCUGUACCGGUACGAGCGGGCCGGCGCCACAGUCGUGCAGAUCUUCGAGCGUGUGGUCGCCCGCCAACCGAACAAGGUAGCGUUCCUGAUGGACGAUGGGCAGCUUACGUUCGCCCAGGUGAAGCAGCUGGCCGACCGGGUGGCGGCCCACUUUUACGCGAAAGGUUUCCGCAAGGGCGACACGAUUGCGCUGCUGAUGGAGACGCGGCUCGAGUAUCCGUGCAUCUGGCUCGGCCUCUCGAAGGUCGGCAUCGUGACGGCGCUGAUCAAUUCGAACCUGCGGAAGGAAACGCUGCGUCACUCGAUAACGGUGGCUAAUUCGAAGGCAAUCAUCGUCAGCACGGAGCUGGCCGGAGCGAUCGCCGAAAUAAACGAGCAGGAAGGCAUAAAAGGCUUGCCGGUACAUCUAUUCCGCUCCGACGGUGCCCCGGACACCGCCAGCAGCAGCAGCAGCAGUGACCCAUUGCCAGAUGCCGAAGAUUUAAGGCUCAGCUUGGAUAGUAGCGGCAGCAGUAGCUCAAACGUAGAUUUAAGCGCUAUCCCGAAUGAUAUAUCACCGAAAGAUAAAUUGGUUUACAUCUAUACGUCCGGCACGACCGGUAUGCCGAAGGCGGCCGUCAUCACGAACCUGAGGUACACAUUCAUGGCCCUGGGCUGCUACUACAUGCUGAGCUUCCGCGAUGACGACAUCAUUUAUAAUUCAUUGCCGCUGUACCAUUCGGCGGGCGGUAUGAUCGGUGUCGGCAGUGUGCUGCUGUGCGGUGUGACCGCCGCCCUGCGCAAAAAGUUCUCCGCUUCCAACUUCUGGACGGACUGCAUCCGGUACAAGUGCACGGUGGCACAGUAUAUUGGGGAAAUCUGUCGCUUCGUGCUGAUGACACCGCCGAAACCGACCGACACCCAGCACAGCGUGCGGCUAAUGUUUGGCAACGGUUUGCGGCCCCAGAUUUGGCCCCAGUUUGUGUCGCGCUUCAACAUUCAGCAGAUCGGCGAGUUUUACGGCUCCACCGAAGGCAAUUCCAACUUGUUGAACAUCGAUAACACGAUGGGAGCGGUCGGUUUCGUUCCCAACUUCGCCAAAGCCAUCUAUCCCGUAACGCUGAUAAGAUGUGAUGAAGAAACGGGUGAGAUUAUCCGCGGCUCGGAUGGGUUCUGCAUUAAGUGUAAAGCGGGCGAGCCGGGCGUUUUCGUCGGGAAGAUCAACCCGAAGAAGGCAUUGAACUCGUUCGUUGGGUACGCGGAUAAGGCAGCCUCGGAGAAGAAGGUACUGCACGACGUGUUUCGCAAGGGCGACAUUUUCUUCAACUCUGGCGACAUUCUGGUGCAAGAUUUGCUCGGCAACUAUUACUUCAAGGACCGAACGGGCGAUACGUUCAGAUGGCGCGGUGAGAACGUUGCCACAUCGGAGGUUGAAGGAGUCAUCACCACGAUCGUCGGUUUGAAGGACUGUGCUGUGUACGGUGUUGAUAUCCCCGAAACGGAGGGCAAAGCCGGCAUGGCUGCCAUCGUCGACCCGGAGGGCAAGGUGGAUCUGGAGCAGCUUGCGGCCGGCAUUCGCGCUAGCCUGCCCGCGUACGCCCGGCCACUGUUUAUACGCGUCCUGUCCGAGGUGCCGAUGACGACGACGUUCAAGCUGAAGAAGCGCGACCUGCAGGUAGACGGGUACGAUCUGGGCAAGAUACAGGAUCCGAUCUAUUUCCUGCAAAGCAACGGCACCUACCGACGGUUUACGGCGGACGAUCACGAAACGAUCAAGAGCGGCAAGGCGCGGCUAUAGUGAGGCUAUGGUGGGGCUGGAGUAGACAGGCUUUGUAAAAAGACUGGCGAUAUGUGCGUGAAGCGAUUCCAUUAGUUGGGUGUGUGUUUUUUUCUCUUUUAGCGUGUAGUUGUAGGUGUACUGUAACGGUACGAUCAACACAAAACAAAAAACAAAACAAGAAAAACUAAACAAACCAAAUAAUAAGGAAAAACAAUGGACUGAAAUUUCUAUCUUUGAAGAUACUGAAUCCCCUUCGUAUCUAAGAGCUGCACACAAUCUCGAUUGAAAGGAGUGGGAGAGACAGAAGGAGAAGAGAAAUUAGUCUCUAAUAUCGUUUGUAGGACACGUUUUUUUGCUGCAUUUUGUAAUUCAUGCUCGACGGUUGGUUGCGCCAACCUGGUAAGAAAGCUUAACCAGUAGCGAUAGUAAUAAAGCUAGUGUCUAUAUUCGUACAAUACUCAA